CUUUGUUAGUUGUGUUUGGUAGCAUGCUUUGGUAGAUUCCAAUUUUUUUAUGGGAUGAAGAUUUUUUAAAAUAACCUUAAAAACUUACAUUUUCUUUGCAGUUCCGCAGUGUUUUUUUCGUAGGUUUUCCUCCUAAAAUGUAUAAUGAACACCCUUAUUUAUCGUCCGCUAAUACGAAUAUCCUGUAAGAAUGAUUUUUCAUAUAUUUUACGCACUAUCGAUAAGAGAAAAGUAGUACAGAAUAGGUUAUGCAAUUAUGUACAUGAAAUAUUAAAGGCGGAAUCCCCUUAUAAGUUUUGGAAAACGUGCAGUUUUAGAAUUUAUUGUACUAGCACAGGUAGCCCAACAAAAUUCUCUAAACAUAAAAAAGAAUUAAAAGCUUACUUAGAACAUAAUAAGGAAAAGAUCCGGGACACUGAACAGAAAUUAAAAGAAAGGGGAUAUGUCAUACUGCAAGAUAUUAAAGAUACCAAAACUAAAGUCAAAGCAAAAGUUGAAGAAAUUGUUGAAAAAGAAAACAUUUAUACCGUACCAAAUUUCUUAUGUAUCUCAAGGAUAAUAGUAUCUCCCUAUUUAGGAUUUUUAAUAGUCCAAGGUAACUUCGAUUUUGCGCUUGGUAUUUUAGGGUUUGCUGCUGUUACAGACUUGUUAGAUGGAUGGAUUGCUAGAACAUGGGAGAGUCAAUCUUCUAAAAUGGGAAGUUUUUUAGAUCCAAUGGCUGAUAAAGUUUUAAUAGCAAUUUUAUUCUUAACUCUGACAUAUGCUGAUCUUAUUCCUGUUGCAUUGACAGGGCUGAUUAUUACAAGAGAUAUUGUGUUGGUUAUUGCAGGAUUUGUAAUUAGAUAUAUUUCUCUUCCACCACCUAAAACAUUCGUAAGAUAUUUUGAUGCCACUCAUGCAACUGCACAGUUAGCUCCUACUUUGAUUAGUAAGGUAAAUACAGCUGUGCAGCUAUUGCUAGUAGGGUCAACUUUAGCAGCGCCAGUUUUUAACUACGUAGAUCAUCCACUCUUACAUAGCCUGUGGUAUAUUACAGCUGGGACAACCAUAGCAGCAGGUCUAAGUUAUAUCUUAUCAAAAAACACUUAUAAACUGUUAAAAAAAACAUCUAUUAAAAAGUAAAUAUUAACUUAAAUGUCAGUGUAACAUUUUCUUAACAUAUGUAUAUUAAAAUCUUUUUUAUUAUU